UGUCGCGGCUAUUUUUGGUGGUACCCGCCUAGUUUUCUAUUUUCGUCUACCUCCGGGGUUGGACUACAAACCAACUUGCCUGCACCUCUCUUGUAUUGUUGCCGAAUCUUUUCUACACCUCUGGUGCUAUCGCCCGGACAUUGCUUCUUCGUUUUUUUCAAACGACAUUGGACGAAACAAUUUUUCAAAUGACAAGUGAUGGAGAAUCUAACGGAAUGAAGCUGAAAUGAAUGAGAAAUAACCGGCGACAACAUAUAACCAGGAAACACUGAAGAGGAUAUUUUGCCUACUAUUAAGAAAGUGGAAAUUACAGUAGUGUCAUUUUUUUUACUAAGUGCACAAAAAAGUUUCAUUCCAACUUUACCUGCGUCUUAUCUUGGAAUAUCGUGUCACUACCCAUAAAGAAAACAUCUGAUAGAGUACACAAGGCAAGCUAUUAUUUGCAGAGCGACUCCUACAGUACAGUGCGACUUCAUCUGGCGAUAAUGCUGAAUAAAAUGUCUAAACAUUAGAAGGGAGAACAGGUUUUCUCGCAGUGAUACAACAAUUUACAGUACACGGCCAAGAUACGUUUCAGGAAGAACGGGAACUGCGCUGGGUGCACGGAGAUAGAACAGAUGGAAUCACGGCUUCAUGUCAUAUUGUAGAAAGUGACGAACGGGAGGGAAGUGUUUCGGGAGCGGCAGCGGAUGAUCGGGUCGCCAGGUCAGGUUUGUCUUGGUUGCGCGAGGCGUCGGCCCCCAUGGACCUGCGCGUGAGCCAGCGUUUGGUGCGUCCGGGCGCGGACACGGCCAUGCUCCUCCCCCAGCACCACCCGCUCCACCUGGGCGCGUUCUCCCCCCCGCCCUGCUCCCCGUACUCCCAGCAGCAGCAGCAGCACAUUCGGUUCAGCAUGGAGCAGAGGAGGCGCGAAGAGGCCAAGGAGAAGCAGCAGGAGCUGCAGCAACUCUGGCACAAGGACAAGAGCCAACAGAGUGCCGUGGCCAGUUCGGUGGUGAAACAGAGGCUCCAGGAAGUCAUUCGGAACAGGCAGACCCAAGCUGCCAUGGAGAAGUCCCACACCAAACCCGCCAACGGUCCGCCCAGGGGAUACCGAGAGCUGGCUCCAGUCCCUGAUGUUCCACCCUCGUCCCUUAUGACCAGCCCAGCUGAACAGCUCCCCAGCGAUUCGCCUGGGGACCACCCCCUGCGACGGACAGCCUCGGAGCCCAAUCUGAAGGUGAAGACCAAGCUGAAGAAGCACUUGCACACCAGGAAGAACCCGCUCACCCGCAAAGAGAGCGCCCCGCCCACCGUCCGGCACAGAGCCCCCGAUACCAUGGACUCCUCCCCCAGCAGCAGUAGCACGCCGGUGUCCGGAUGCAGUUCCCCUAACGACAGCCUGGCCACGGAAAAUGGAGUGCUGCCCCCUGCUGGUGGGCUGUCUCCGGAGGCCCACCGCAUGCUGAUUCAGGAUGGCACAGUGGCCCACUUCUCCAUCCAGAACCCUGCAGCCCUUCCCACCAUCACCCGCGGGCUGCCUGCCAAUGCAAAGGCCGACGCGGACCUGGGCGCCGUGAAGGCGGGCAGGAUGGUGCUGCUGCCGGGGGGCUCUCAGGUGUACCUGCCCCUGGGCCUGGAGGAGAGGAGCUCGGCCGCGUACCCCCAGCUGCAGCCCCUGCUGGUCCUCGAGCCCUCCGGCCUGGUGCACACGCAGCUGCUCACCGUUCCAGGGCUGGGACCGGUGCCGGUCCAUUUUAACCCCCAGCUGGAGCGCCUGGCGCCGUCGGGCCCGCACAAGCCCCUGGGCCGGACGCGCUCGGAGCCGCUGCCCCAGAACCCGGGAGCUCUGAGCCAGCACGUGUACCAGCAGCAGGUCAGCAGCCAGUUCCUGGAGCGGCUCAAACUGCAGGCUCACCUGGGCAAGCUGAUGUCGAAGUCCAGCGAGAAGCCCCGCCUCAGACAGAUCCCCUCAGAGGAUAUGGACUCGGAGGAGGCGGGGCCAGUGCUUGGUCUCACCAAUCAGAGCAGAAGCGUGGCUGAGCCGCUGCAUGAAGUGGAGUGUGUUCCAGCAAUGGAGCGCCAGGCGGACCACGUGCACAUGCAGCGCACACUCACGCUUAAUCAGUCGUUGCCGUGGGACGUACAGAUGCAGCAGCUACGCAGGCACGUUCCUCACGCGGAGAAGAUGGCUGUUCCCAUUAUGCACCGCUCCCUGUCUCGCACCCAGUCCUCGCCCGCGUCCACCUCCCUCACGCUUCCAGAGAAUCCUCACCCCCUCCCCACCGCCGAAAUCUCCUGCAAACCCCGCUUCACCACGGGCCUUGUUUAUGACUCUCACAUGCUAAAGCACCAGUGCGCCUGCAGGGACAACAGCAACCACCCGGAGCACGCCGGCAGGAUCCAGAGCAUCUGGUCGCGGCUUCAGGAACGAGGCCUGAGGACUCACUGUGAGCGAAUCCCAGGCCGGAAGGCCACCCAGGAGGAGCUGCAGUCGGUGCACUCGGAGCGCCACGCCCUGCUCUUCGGGACCAACCCCUUCAACCGGCUCAAGCUCAACAGCCGCAAGCUGGACGGACUGCUGGCCCAGAGGCUCUUUGUGAUGCUGCCUUGUGGAGGAGUCGGAGUGGACAGCGACACCGUCUGGAACGACGUGCACACGCCCACGGCCUCGCUCGUGGCGGCUGGCAGCGUGACGGAGCUGGCCUUCCGGGUGGCCCUGGGGGAGCUGAAGAAUGGGUUUGCAGUAGUGAGACCUCCUGGGCACCAUGCAGCCCACUCUACUCCCAUGGGUUUCUGUUACUUUAACUCAGUGGCUAUUGCAGCCAAGCAGCUCCAGCAAAGGUUGAACCUCAGUAAGAUUCUCAUCGUUGACUGGGAUGUUCACCAUGGUAACGGUACCCAGGAUGUCUUCUACACUGACCCCAGUGUACUUUACAUAUCCCUGCAUCGCUAUGACGAUGGAAACUUCUUCCCUGGCAGUGGAGCACCAACUGAUGUGGGAUCAGGGGAAGGUGAGGGCUUCAACAUCAAUGUGGCUUGGACAGGUGGCCUGGACCCUCCCAUGGGUGAUGCGGAGUACCUGGCAGCAUUUAGGACGGUGGUGAUGCCCAUCGCUCAGGAGUUCUGCCCAGACAUGGUUUUGGUUUCGUCCGGGUUCGACGCGGCAGAGGGACACCCGCCACCAUUAGGGGGGUACAGUGUGUCUGCCAAAUGUUUCGGGUUCCUGACCAGGCAGCUGAUGGGCCUGGCGGGGGGGCGGGUGGUGCUGGCCCUGGAGGGGGGCCACGACCUGAUGUCCAUCUGCGACGCCUCAGAGGCCUGCGUCAGCGCCCUGCUGGGCGUGGAGAUGGAGCCCCUGUCCGAGGAGGUUCUGCAGCGGGUCCCCAGCUCCAACGGAGUGCGCUCGCUGCAGCGGGUGCUGCAGGUCCAUGGUCAGUACUGGCAGUCGGUGAAGCGUUUUGCCCACACGGUGGGGCUGUCCUACACGCAGGCCCAGAGGCACGACCUUGAGGAGAACGCCACGGUCAACGCCCUGGCCUCGCUCUCUGUCGGGGUGCUCAACAGCAACAGCCUCCCCCACGAGCCCAUGGACCAGUAGGAUAACUCACCAGAUCCUCAUCUGACCUCUGACAUAUGGCCUUCUCUUUUGGUACUCUCAGUGACCACAAGUGACCGGACCUCACAGUGCCCACACCACCUGUUGCCUCAGACACCACUGAACAGCCUCCACCCGACCGCAAGUUCCUCAACACCGACGAGCCUUAGCAUCCUGACAUAGGCCCCUUCACAUCAGCAAGUGCCUUUCUGUGGACAGUAGCUUGCACUCUGUUACUCCAUCACCGCCUUUACAAAGCCACGAGAUAUGAGGAAAUUACAUGAAUUAACUCAUAAUUAUUCAACAGGAAGAGGACAUAACAGGGCUCCACCACCGUGGCUGUGAUUUUUGUUCUUCUGAAAAAGGUUUUUUUUUUUUUUGUUUGUUUUUUUUGAAGCGCUCUGGUGCUAAUUUUGAGCAUCACGUUCCACUCUCUCCUUUUUGCUCAACCAUCGUCGUGGAUACCGAAAGGGUGAAAGGUGGCGUAAAAGCAGACAGGUUGGCGGACGGAAGUGGAGAUCUAUGGCAACGUGUCUGCGUUAGCUCUCAAGCAGGGAGCGGUGUCCGUCAGUGACGGGUGCCCUGGCGUUGUGCGCCACAGGCCAGAGGAAAGACCCACAAGGCGGACGCACGCGGCGGCUUUCUCAGAUGUCGUUGACGGUCAUAUGACCUAACCACUGAAGGAGGGGAGGUGGAAUGUGCCUCAGCGCAAUGUGAGGGCUUUGUGGUGUUUGCACUCUGCAUUCCGUAAUAUGAACCAUAAUAUGAGAAAUAGGUUCCAUCCUCAAACAGUGACUUUACAAAGUCCUCCAGGCUUUGUUCUAUGGUGUUCUGUUUUUUUUAUAUGAAGAUUGAUUGAGAGUAGCUGAGCAGUAGGUUCAGUUACAGUAGCAUCUAGGGACCCAGUUACAGUGACUCCGGUCACUCUGUCAGUGAGCACUCCGUAAAGUCACACAGAUGACCAAACACAUGACUGUUCCAUUCCAUAGUUACCUGCAGGCCACUUACCGCAUUCUGCACCUGGUUCAGUAGAUUUCAGUGUGCGUUAGUGUGUGUGUGUGUGCGUUACUGCAAGAAACCAACUCAGACUCACAAUAAGACACACAAUAAAUGGCCUUUCACCCCACACAAACACAACACACACGAGAAACACUGUUUAUCGCACAGUAUCAUCACUGACACGAAAACCAGUAAGUAUAGUGAGCUAAAAUAUAAAAUAAAAAACAGGCUAGCCUCUAUCAGUAAAAAAACACUUUUUAUGGCCAUUAACUAUGGGGAUCAUGAACUUUUUGUAUAAAAGAUAACGGAGGCUUUGAAGUUUAUACAAAGAGUGUUGCACUUAAAAGGUCUUGAAAGUAUUUUCUUAAAACAUGUGUUUGCACUAUUUACACUAUGGUUUCAAAUAUUUUAUUUCACCAAAAAAAGAACAUUCCUGUUUUGUAAUGUAUUCAAAUGAAAUCGACCAGUAUUUUACCUGUGGAUAGACAUACCUACUGUAUUUUGAACAUAGCUGAGGACUACAAUUAAAAUAAAAACCAACCGGUCGGUUCAUGGCUGGAAUGAAUUAGUUUAUAAGAUGACACAUGUUGGAAUGUUGUUCUGGGUUUGUUACUCAAUUGAAAUGCACACUGAGCUCUUCAGUGGGGUUACAUUAGUGUUUUAUGGCUGUCGGUAACUGACCAACUGAAUUUAUUGCACAAUAUUAAAUUGUGCAAUAAAUUGCGUUUUUCAUUUCCCCAAUUGUCUUGCAAUCAGGCGAGCAGUCACACCCCAGAGACAUUAAUGCCUCAUACCUGCCACAGUCCAUUCAAAUAAUCCAGAUUACCACUAGUGUACGAUGGUUUUUCAUAUUUUAGCGGGUUCUACAAUCAGAUAGUGUUUUAAAAAUACUGACUGGUGAUGUCAAAUUUUCAAAUUUGACAUCACUCAAAUAUGCUUUUCAUAUUUGUGGAAAAAAUGUUUUUUUUUUUUUGCAGAAGUAAUGACAAUGCCAAGUGCUGAUCUCUCUUUGCAACUGGACCUUGUUCACAGUGCCUUCCUAACAACCGUCUUCGGGUCCAUUCCUGUAAGAAUGAAAGAAGCUACCCAGGUCUCUCGUGUCGCAGUGAUGAAAUCAUUGCCGCGACUGUGCUCAAAGCACUGCUAGGACCCUGCCCAGCAUUCUGCCUCUGUGAUCCUACGCAAAAUUUGUUGAAAAAUACAAACAUGUGAGGAGAUGGAAAAAAAGCAAUGGCAACGUCUGCGAUCUCUCAGAGCCAGCAGCUGCCCCUGCUGUUUGAUUUUUUUUUGAAGCUAAAUGCCUAAAACAUGUAAAUGAAAUGUGCCUUCUGAUGUCUUAAAGAGUAGGGUUUUUUAUUUUGCAAUGUUAGGUAGGAGAAUGUAUGUUUUAUAUAUAUAUAUCCCUUCUGUUGUAGAGCCCCCAUUGUGUGCAGCAUGGAGCUAAUGGUCUUAAUCGAAACUGUUUUAAUAUUUUGAUGUUGUUUUUGAUGUUGUAAAUAGCUCCGAAGUACCAAGACCAAAGAGACAGACUUUGCCUGUGUGCCUUGAACUGUCCUUAUGUAUUAGAGUAGCGUUUGUCUUAGCAAACUGGAUCUUAAUUUGAAAUUAGCAGAGAAUAACAGAAUCAUUAUUUUUUCCUCUUUUGUUGUUUCUGCUUUGUGUUUAGCAUUAUUUGUUUUUUGUACAUGUUUUGUAUAGGUAGAAUAAUUGUGUACUGUUUUGAUUCCUAUAUUAAAAGGGAAUUAAAUGUUUGUGAAAA